UCGAAUAUGUAUUUCUUCUCUUGAAGAUCCACGUUUGAACACCUUGAAGGAAAUAAAACAAUGGUUCAUUCAAGGUGAUAAACAAAAGAAAGAUUCAAGUUUAUUCGGAUCAAUUAGAGAAAUGGCUGGUGACUCUUCUACACAUACGGUUCAAUUUUAUGAAUAUGCAAUAAACAAGUUAACAAUUACAAUGCAAAUGAUAUCAGAAAUACAAAGCUUGAAUUAUGGUUUAGCUGAUAGUUCAGGCUAUGUGCUUGCUGAUUUAAAACAAAGAUAA